AUGUCGAAACGGAUGGCCUGCGACCGGUGUUACCGAUUUAAAGAGCGGUGCCACUUUCAGGGUUACGAGAAGAAAUGUCGACUCUGCGAGCGCUCAGGCUCAUCGUGUACGAGACAGAGGCAACUGUCACGCAGGGGGAGAAGGCCCAAGAUCGAGCACUUUGGCCCCGACGGUUCGGUUCAAGUAUGGGAGGUGAUAAAGGCCGAUGCAUGCACGAAGACUGAGGGAGUGAGCCCGGCCAUUCCUCAUACCCGGCGGUCGCCAACAGGAUCUGUGAGUAGUAUCUGGGAUGCUGGUUCACCACUCAUGAUAUCCUGGCCAAACCCGAAUAGUGACAUCUUCCAAGAUAACCCUGAGGAGAUAUUUCAAGAUUCGCCCAGGCUGGUGAAAGGUUUCUACUUGACAUACAACAUGUUCAUGAUAGGUCCUACCUUUGCACCACAGUUUCGUGCCUCCAUUCGAGAGUCGCACAUCUGUUCUCCAGCUCUCCAGCGAGACAUAUCCAUCGCCCUCUUCGCCCUCUGCAAGCGGGCUAGGUUCUGCUCGGGCUCAUUUGGCCCCAUGCAAGUGGCACAGGGCACAGCAUCGCUACAAAAGCUUCGGAUUUCACAGAUCGAUGGUACGCAGAGCGCCUUUGCCAUGCUCUUUUUUGGACAAGCUGUGGCAACUUUCGACUACAUGACGGUCUGCUCCGGGUCUUCCAUGAUCCGGAGGUAUACACUGUCGUCCAUCCAGCCAUGGUACGAAGAUCUGUCUAGAAAAGCCAUCUUUGACCCGGUGACCAUCAGUCCGAUAUUUUGGGAUACGAUGAGUUGCCUGGUGCAGCGGGAGAUCCCCGUCAUCAAAUUUCGGCCUCGACGCCCGCGUUUGAUCCACCACUCAGCAGGACUUUGUACAACGCUGCUACCGAUAUUCUAUGAUCUUUGUGUAGUUGCGAACAAGAUUAAAUGUCAGGAGCAGCCGCCGCCGGGACUGGCAGAUAGCAGUUUCCAGAGCCUCCGACAGAUUGAGCAGAAGUUGGUGUCCUGGAUGCCUCAAGUACCGCAAGACUUCAACAGUACAUACUCACGACUGGAGAGAAAUGCCAUCAUGACGCAGGCUGCCAUGUAUCGGUCGGCAGGGCUGCUCAUGGUUCAUCGAUGUCUACAUCCUGUUGGCACUGGAGAUGACCUUGCCACUUCCUAUGCAGACGCUAUCAUGGCCGAGUUCUCCAGAUAUCACGAAGCAGCCGGCCCAGGCGCAGAAUUACAUUUUGUGACUUUCCCAAUCUUGGUCGCUUCAUGGGAGUUGCCCGCGCUGUCCAAGGGUGUAUGGGAAAGUGUCGCGCCGCUAAACAUGGCUCCCAUAUGCUCUGCUAAAAUGCAUACUCUCAUUGACUAUGUCUGGAAGGAAAGACGUCAAGGGUAUAGCGGGCUGAUAUUGGACUUGGUUGAGCGAGGACCCGACUUUGUGGUGCUACCGUAG